AUGCCAGCAAGAGGGGGCAGGACCUCGUCGAACCCUUGGGGUCGCCUCAAGGCGCCUGACCAAGAUCCAUUGGAGAGCAUGGGCUUACCCUCCAAAGGCGACACCAGGCUACUCGAUUUCAAGACCCAAGAGCGAUAUUACACGAAGAUAGUCGAACGGUAUAUGUCAUUUUGUUCCGACUCCGGACAGAGAGACGAGCUCCUUCGGCGCUUCGCAUCCUUGAAUCUUGACGAUGCCCCUCUUAGUGGGGCAACAGCUCCUGCGGGGCGAAGCCCAGCGCCUACAACGUCCAACACCAAGGCCCUCUCCGACGUGAUGAUGGCCCUCCGAAAGCUCAGAGAAGGAAUCGUAGCAUCCAGCCGCGCCGACGACUUCGCAGUACAGUCCUACCUCUUCUGCAUCCGCCUCUCCGUUCUAGUGAAGCAUCCGGAAUCAUACCACCCCGCCAUCCUCCACCUCCUCCGCAACAUCCACCCCAUGCACAGUCUCACAAGCCUCGAGUUCCAAGAGGUAGUCGGCUACCUCGUCCUAGACGCCGCGUGUCGCAGGGGCGACCUCGCUGAGGCGUUCAACCUCUGGCAGCAGCACGGUCUACGGGACAGCAAGGUGUAUGCGCUGCUUAAAGCUCUAACACAUGACAACUACGUGGCGUUCGGCAGGAUCAAGGGGGCGGUCGAUGCGCAUAAGGCGAGUUUGAUGGAGCUUGCUGAGCGGGAUUUGAGGGUGCAUACGCUGAAGUGCUUUGGGAGGAGUUAUCUCUCGGUGGACAGGGCGUUCUUGGAGAAGGCGACGGCGAGUGGGUGGGAGAGGCUUACGAAGGAGGAUGGAGUUGGAUGGCAUUUGGAUGGAGAUAAGGUGAUUAUUCGGAAGAUUAAGGCGCGUUGA